AUACGCACAGCCCGGUGGACAGGGUGUGAUAGGGGACUUCUUGCUGGCCAGGUAGUUUUGAUAUUCCGCUUCCAUUUAUAUACAAGGCCACUGUCAGAACUCAUCGUCGACAAUUUUAUAGCAUACUGUGAAUAGGCCUCGUCUAGAGAAACAUUACUUUCCAAAGUCUUUCUCACACUUUGCUUUGGAACACUCAGUACACUAUGUCUGUAGACACAGAAUAUACGGCCAAAGAUGUUGCCGCCCAUCGGGGGCCCGAAGACGCCUGGAUGGUCAUUAACGGCGAGGUCUAUGAUCUGACCAAAUAUCUGGAAGAGCAUCCUGGUGGCGCGGAGAUCUUGGUGGAAGCUGCCGGAACAGACGCAACUGAGGCUUUCGACAACGCCGGUCAUUCUGAGGACGCGUUCGAGAUCAUGGCCGAUUUCCGCGUCGGCAAGCUUAAGAGCGCCGGAAAGCCUGCAGCAAAACCAGUGCGUGUGACACUGCAGACACCACCAGCGUCGAAAAAGUCAGGCACCAGCGCAUCAACAGCAGUCGGCGGGGCAGUCGUGUCUCUAGGUGCUCUGGCCGGAGCCACACUCGGCCUGCGCAGGAUGGAUCUGUCAGCACUAUCAAAUCUUCUCAAGCUCAGACAAGCUCAGGGCUCAAGAAGUGGGAGCGGAUUCGGGUUUGUAGAGGGCUUCAUUAUUGCAACAGCACUUGCACUCGUUGCAGGAGGCGUGGCGGUCAGGAAAUUCUCUCAACUGCUCGAUAUGGAGUCUGGCGCGCUUCACCACGCAGCACACAAGAAGAUCCCAAGAGUAGCAAAGGCAGACCCUCUGCUGCAGCGCGGCUUUUUGGACCCGCAGACAUACCACCCCCUGCCCCUGAUUGAGAAGGAGCUCGUCACACCAAACGUUUACAGACUCGUGUUCGAGCUGCCAACACCAGACGCCGUUCUGGGCCUGCCGAUCGGCCAGCAUGUGGCCAUCAAGACGACGAUAGACGGCGCAACGGUUCAGCGAUCGUACACACCCGUAUCCAACAACUCAGACAAGGGUAUCCUGGAGCUCGUUAUCAAGGUAUACGACGACGGCCAGCUCACCGGCAAGUACCUGAAGCACCUGUCCGUCGGAGAUGAGGUCAUGUUCCGCGGUCCCAAGGGCGCCAUGCGGUACACGAGGGGCCUCUGCAAGAAGAUCGGCAUGCUGGCAGGAGGCACAGGGAUAACACCCAUGUACCAGCUUAUCCGCGCCAUCUGCGAGGACGAAAGGGAUACGACCGAGGUCAGCCUCAUCUACGCCAACCGGUCAGAGGACGACAUCCUGCUGCGCAAGGACCUCGAGUCCUUCGCCAGGCGAUACCCCAAGAACUUCAAGAUGUUCUACCUGCUAGAUAACCCUCCGGAGAACUGGGCAUACGGCACGGGAUACGUCACCAAGGAGCUCAUGGCGGAGAAGUUCCCCGGUCCAAAGGAGGACGGCUCCAGGGUUAUGCUUUGCGGGCCGCCGGGCAUGAUCAACGCCGCGAAGAAGGGAUUGGUCGAGCUGGGGUACGAAAAGCCCGGGGCUUCGUCAAAGAUCACGGACCAGGUCUUCUGCUUCUAGGCUAGCGAAAUCUGAAACUCGACACUUCGAUAGGAGGGUCACAUUGUCGCAAUUGGGCAUCGGAGCUACCCGCGUGUUCCGCGGGGCGCGUGAUAGGAAGAUUGGGUCAAGUUCAAGGUCCGAUUGGGGAACACUAGAUGUUGAUUGGGCGUCAUUAUGGCUUCAAACGGGACGUUGCAUUAGCUGGCGUCUAGAGGGUGGUUGCAUUUCGUAAGGCUGGACUAGGAUUGGAGUUUUGAGAAACUUUACCCACCUUCCUAGGUACCUAUAUUCUAGAUGAUAAUUCUAUCACGAGAGAUCGCACAAU